AAGGAAACAACAAUCAGCUGACUCGACUGCGCGCUUCAGAGUGUUUUACCUCACAUAAAAUUUCUGUAAUUUGACAUUUAGAGUUUAAUAAUUUUAUUAUACGUUAUUAGGGUCAUCGGCAAUGUUACGACCAAAAGCGUUGACGCAGGUCCUCAGCCAAGCGAACACAAACGGAGUCCAAAGCACUCUCUUGCUGAAUAACGAGGGUUCCCUCCUGGCUUACUCUGGUUAUGGGGACACUGAUGCCCGGGUCACAGCUGCUAUCGCCAGCAACAUCUGGGCGGCCUAUGACAAAAAUGGCCACCAAGCCUUUAAUGAAGACAAACUCAAAUUCAUCCUCAUGGAUUGUAUGGAAGGAAGAGUGGCCAUAACUCGAGUAGCCAACCUGCUGCUGUGCAUGUACGCCAAGGAGACGGUGGGAUUCGGGAUGCUGAAAGCCAAGGCGGAAGCGCUGGUGCAGUACCUGGAGGAGCCGUUAACUCAAGUAGCUGCAUCGUAGUGGAGACGAGACCGAAGCUCUCCGCCUGUUACUUGUUUUCCUCAUGGACUAACAUUCGGCUUCUUCACUAAGUGCAUCGUGUGUGUGUUUGUAUGAAUCUGCUGUAAACGUCAUGUCAUUCAUCAGGAGGACGUCUGAGUUCGCCUGCUGCAGUGAUUCCACUUCCAGCUUCUUCGUUUGCAGCUUUACUGAUCAAAGCUGCUCAAAACUGAACGUUGGAAAUCAGAUCAGGAGCAAAAAUGUGUGGAAACGUUCAUCGAAAUGGAAAGAUUAGGAUUGUUAAGCUGUUUUCUUUCAAAAUGAAAUAAAAAACAGAUUAAAUUUG